AUGGCGGGCCGGGGCUGCAGCGGCGGCCCGGGCCACCUGAACGAGGACAACGCGCGCUUCCUGCUGCUCGCCACGCUCAUCGCGCUCUACCUGCUGGGCGGCGCCGCCGUCUUCUCCAUGCUGGAGCUGGCGAACGAGCGCCAGGCCAAGCAGCGCUGGAACGAGCGCCUGGCCAACUUCAGCCGCCGCAACAACCUGAGCCUCGACGAGGUGCGCGGCUUCCUCCGCCACUACGAGGAAGCCGCCAGGGCUGGCAUCCGCGUGGACAACGUCCGUCCGCGCUGGGACUUCACUGGCGCCUUCUACUUCGUGGGCACCGUCGUGUCUACCAUAGGGUUUGGGAUGACCACUCCAGCGACCCUAGGAGGAAAAAUCUUUCUGAUCUUUUAUGGCCUCAUUGGGUGUGCCAGCACCAUCUUGUUCUUCAACCUCUUCCUGGAGCGUCUGAUCACUGUCAUCGCCUACAUCAUGAAAUCAUGCCACCAGCGGCAGCUGCGGAGACGAGGGGCCCUGGCCCAGGAAAGCCUGAAGACCCCGGGGAAGGCCGAGGUGGACAGCCUGGCUGGCUGGAAGCCCUCAGUGUACAACGUCAUGCUGAUCCUGUGCUUGGCCUCCGUCCUCAUCUCCUGCUGUGCCUCGGCCAUGUACACUUCCUGCGAAGGGUGGGGCUACUUCGACUCGCUCUACUUCUGCUUCGUGACUUUCAGCACCAUUGGCUUUGGGGAUCUGGUCAGCAGCCAGAACGCCCAGUACGGGGGCCAAGGCCUGUACCGCUUCGCCAACUUCGUCUUCAUCUUCAUGGGUGUUUGCUGCAUCUAUUCCUUGUUCAACGUCAUCUCCAUCCUCAUCAAACAGUCUGUGAACUGGAUCCUGCAGAAGGUGGGCAGCAGCUGCUGUCAACAAUGCCAAAGAAGACUCUUGCAGUCUCGGAGGAAUGUGGUGAUGCCGGGCAAUGUCCGCAACCAGCGUGAUGUCUCCAUAGAAACAGAUGGGGUGGUGGAGAGUGACACGGAUGGGCGACGUCUCUCGGGAGAGAUGAUCUCCAUGAAGGACUUCCUGGCAGCCAACAAGGUCUCACUGGCCAUCCUCCAAAAGCAGCUAUCUGAAACUGCCAAUGGCUGCCCCCACUCUGCCAACGUGCUGUCGCGAGACAGUGAAUUCUCAGGGGGCGUGGGGGCCUUGGCUGUCAUGAACAACAGGUUGGCAGAGACGAGUAGGGACAGGAAGAAGUGAGGCAUGGGUGCUGGGCAUGGAGGCCCAGGCCAGAGUGCAGGGUGAAGGACGGUCAUACACAGGCUGAGCCCAGCUCUGCACCUGGUUGGUUCCUUCUGGACACUGUUCCCAUUAGCUUCUCAAGCCCGACUUUGGAAAUGUGAUCUCGGCGCCAACCAGCAGCCACUGUCCAGGGCUAGGGGAAUCUGAGGCCUCAAUGCCUUUCCCCUUACCUUAAUUGUUUCCAUCGAAAUUCAGCUUUUUAAAAAGGAAUCACAAGAGCAGCAUGAACCAUUGCCUUAUUUCUCUCCUCUUCUUGGUUCUGAGUUUCCACCACCCAAAGGGUAUAGGUUUUAUUUAAGCCCUGAUUUCCCGAGACUCCAUUCCUCAUUGGGAAAUGAAAAUCCUAAUUUUUCCCUGGAACUCUGAAUGGCUGAAUUCAGAAAAGGGAAAAAGGUGUUUGAGAAUGUGGCUGGGCUUUAUUUUACUGAGUUUCCUUUAGAGCAGAUUUGUUGGAGGUACUGUGGAUGGGGGAAAUAGCCAUUCUAGUCUUUUUUUUUUUUAACCUCUUUUUUUUUUUUAAGAGAGAGAUUUUUGCUAUAGGGCAUGU